GAACCAGACGCUUCCUCCGUGCAGAUAUGGGUCUUUGCUUAGGGAGACCGCAGAUGCUUCCUCCUAACCAUUUCUGUGCGAAUGAGAGCUUGGCUGAUCCACUGGAAGUACUUCACCAAUCGUCCCUCUCUUCUCAUGGCCUAAAAUGUUAUAGCUUCGGUGAGCUCAAUAUUGCGACACAAAAAUUCAGUUCUCAUAAUACCCUUCUUGGUGUGGGAAGUUAUGGUUCCGUCUUCAGAGGCUGGAUAGACCAAAAAACCUUGGCUCCAUCCAAACCAGGCGUUGGGGUAGUAGUGGCUGUCAAGAUGUUUACGAGAAGCCUGUACGGACUUGAUCAAGAUUGGGAAUCUGAUGCCAAAUGCUUGGAGUUGGGCCAGCUCCAACACACAAAUCUCGUAAGAUUGAUUGGGUAUUGCUUGGACUCUGAAAAAAGAUUUCUGGUAUAUGAGUUCAUGGGAAAUGGAAAUUUGGGGAACCAUCUAUUCGAGGGUGGUGAAGUCAUGUCAUGGUCUAUAAGGAUGCGUAUAGCAGUUGGUGUUGCACGAGGGUUAUCCUUCUUGCACAGUCUCAGUGAACAUGUUGUUUACCGUGAGGACCUUUCAACUGAGAAUAUCCUUCUUGACUCGGAUUUUAAUGCAAAGCUUUCUGAUUUUGGCCACACCCACUUUUCUGGGUAUGCCAAGUACUUGAAUCUUAAUCAUCAGCGUAUGUGGACAAUUAGAAAAAGAUUUGGUUCAUCACCAGAACAAAUGCUCACAGGCCAAACGACUCAAAAGAGUGAUGUGUAUGGCUUCGGGAUGGUCCUAUUAGAAUUACUAUCAGGACGGAAACUAUGGGGUGAAUUUGCAAAACUCAUAAGGAACAGUGCAACACCAUUCGUGAUGAUAAUGGACCCCAAGUUGUUGGAUGUUUAUCCUAUCGAAGAUGCAAAAGUUGCUCUUACCAUAGCUUAUCAAUGUGUUCAUAGUCGGCCAACUACAAGGCCAACCAUGGCACAUGUUUUAUCUGAACUUGAAAAUCUUCUCAAUUAGUUAUUUCAGGUAAUGGGUAUUCUUGUAACUCUCAGAUCAACUAAGAUGCAAACAUAUACGAGUAUCAUAUUAAUAUGUUUGAUAGCAUUGCAAUAUGUUCUAGAUGGGUAGUUUUGUGACAUUAGUAUGAUGGUUACUAGAGCAGCAAUAAGUGGGGGCUAGUUCUUCCAAACUUACAGAUCACAACUCAAAAGUCGUUCAAAUAUAGUGGUACAACUAGCUCUUCUAAAGAGAGAAAUAAAUAUCCUAUUCCUUCUCAAUUGCUUUGAGCAAAUAAAGUUGUUUUCUUUUCUUC